AUGAUUUAUCGGUUCAAACCUAUUUCACACACACACACACACACACACACACACACACAGAGGCGACGCCGCUGCUCACUCUCCUCAUCGAUUCAGACACAGAUUCAUCGCCGAUCGGCUCACUCUGCUCACCGCCGUCACCCUCUCCUCACCGCCGCUGAUCUGUUAGCUUCUCCUCUCCUCACCGCCCCUCGCUGCUGUGCCGAUCUAGCCUCUCCUUCCCUUGCCGAUCUCAUCUCCUCUUCUCACUGCCGCUGAUCUUUGUAGAAAAUGGUCAAAGGAAAAAGACAAUGGCUGAAACCAGGUGAUUUGAGAACUAAGAAGCUAACAGAAUAUGAGAAACAAAGAAAUAAGCGAAUCAAGAAGAACUAUGAGGUAAUGAACAAUCUUGGAGUGAAGCAUAUUACAAAUUCUUUGAUGAGUGUGGUUCAGCCCAAAUGUGCAAAUGCAAAGGAAAAGAAAAUUAGGGUUGAGGUAGAUGAUGAUGAUGAGUAUAAUCCGUCAGAGAGUGAGAACGAUAGUGAUAACGAGUCAUUGGGUUCCUUUUAUCGCAAGGAACAAGAGAUGCCACCGGGGUUACGUUUACAGCCUCAUUCGAGGCCAUUAACUCCCACCCCAGAAGAAGGGAUGGAUCCCCCACGUCAAGAGAUUGGUACCCAACCCUUACCACCUCAUAAUGUGCAACCUGUGCAUGAGGUGACUGCAUCUAGUAGUGUU